GCCGCUCGCCCGGCCGCCGACAUGGGGCCGCUGCUCGCGCUCCUGCUGCUGCUAUGCUGCUGCCGGUCCUUCCGCUGCAACGCGCCCGCGCCCCGCACCCGCAGCUUCCGCGGGCUUCUCGGCUGUUUGUUCGAGGAUGGCCUCUGCAGACCGUCUGAGACCUGCGUGAAUGAUGGAGUGUUUGGAAGGUGCCAGAAGGUUCCAGCAGUAGACACACACCGCUAUGAAGUGUCACCGGCGGUUCUGCAGCACCUGGCAGCCACCUUGCAGAAGCUCUCCCGAACAGGCUUCACAUGGCAGGAUGACUACACCCAGCACGUGAUGGCCCAGGAACUCUUGAACCUUCCCUCCCCGCAACAUCUGGACGCCUCCAGCACAGCCAGGACCUCGAAGCAGAGUGUGGAUGAGGACAGGAGGUCCAGUCUGGAGGACGACGGCGGCCUGGCCAGGGCUGUCCAGCGCUACCUGCCAUACCUGGAGGCCCUGUCCCAGGCUGUUGCCCCAAACGUGCGCCUCCGCACAAAGCACAGCAGGCCGCCAGCCCAGGGUGAGGACCCCCUUGCUGACAGCGUGCUGACCUUCAUGGCGCAAACGUCUGCUCUGACCUAUGCUCCUGGCCCUGGGGCAGACUACCCUGGGGGCCGCCCGCUGCGGACCCCUGGCAGGCUGCAACCUGACGAGCUCAGCCCCAAGGUGGAUGGCAACGUCAAUAGGCAGAAACUGAUCGCUGCGCUGGGUGCAUAUGCGGCUCGGAAGCCCCCGGCGCCCCACGGGGAAGGUGACCCGUGGCUACGAAACCCACUGCAUGCACCGUGGAAAACACCAAGGGUCCUUUCGGCGCCGGUGGAGCCCCGGAAGUGGCCUUCGCCUCCAGGAGACCCCAAACUGCCCGAGGCCAUGAGCGAUGAAACACUUAUCCAGAGUCUCCUGAAGGACCUGGGAGAGCAGCCGGACCUCGGCGACGUGGCCCGCGCGAUUGCCUCCGCCAUGCAAGCUGUGGGGGCAGAAGGGGAGCCGCGAGGUGCCGAGAAAGGAGCCGCGGGAGAGCCGAGAGAGUCCGACGUUGGCCGGCAGGGUGGAGGAGGCGUGCCAGAUGACAGAGUGCCGGACGGUGGAGGGAGAGCUUACGAAGAGGUCAGUCGUUUGAGCCUCGAACGGGACCGCCUGCCGGACCCUGGGUCCCAACUCUCUCCUGCCGUACCCCCUCUUUCGGAGCCCUUCAAAAUGGAGGCAAAGAAAUCAGAGGCCGCCGAGGCCCCCCCGACUUGGGAGGAGGAGAGCGCCGGGGUGGAGGACGUGAGGAGUCAGACCUACUCCAAGGAGCGGCUGCAGAGGCCGCCUCCCGCAGAGCCCGGCACGGGCGGCUUUGGCGAGUUCCGGCCCUGGGUUCCCCGACCCUCGCAGGAAGACGCCCACCUCACGGCCGGAGCCCAGGGACGCCCCACGGAAGGCCUGCGGCUGGAGGUCAAGCCUUCCCAGGAGGACCACGGCUACAUUGUGACCGGGACCGACCCCCUGAGCCCAGAAAAGGGGAAGGAGCUGAUGGAGGGCGUGGCGCAACUCCUGGAGGUGCCGAUGAGUGUCUUCGCAGACAUCGUUGUCGUGGGCCCAGCGGUGACCUUCAGACUGAGCGCCAGUGUCCAGAACCUGACGACGGGAGAUGUCGCGCAGGCCGCAGUUGACAACAAGGACAAACUGGAAAAAGCAUCUGGACUGGAGAUUCUUCAGGCGGGAAGCGGGUCGAAAAGCAAACUAAAGCUCCCUCCACGCCGGACAAAGCAAGGGGACUCGACCCCGUUCAUUGUGCUCACGCUGGUCUCCGUCGUGGCCAUGGUGGGGGUCCUCCUGGCCUCCGGCGUCAUCUACUGUCUCCGCCACACCUCCCGCGCCAGGCUGCAGGACAAGCUGUCGGGACCAGGGGACCACCCGGGCCCGGAUGCCACGGCCGCCUACCAGGUAGGGGCUCCGUUCACCCACUGGACACACAGAUCAGUUAACUGCCUGAGGCCCUUCCCCACGCCCAGCGGCUCUCUUACCCAUAGUUUGGGUUCUUUUAGGAGGACGGUUGGAAACUCCUCACUAGCGUUCACACGAGUCCCUUGUAAACACAGUUUUACUGCUUCGUGGGGACGUCUCCGCAGCUACGUGCCUUCGCAGCGUUUCCGCAACCUUUGGGUGCAGAUGGCCUCCAAGCAAACCAUGCAACGUCCGGGCUCGUCCGCAACGCUAGAUGUUUCUCAUCUGUCUCGUCUCUACUGCAAAAAAGCUAACGUCGAUACCUCGGCAGAGCCCAGGAGGGGACGUCACCUGCACGGGCACCCGGUGCCUCGGUUUCCUCGCACAGCCCCUUACAGACACAGGCCCGCGUGCACAUCUAACGUUAUGCCUUUGGGCUUGUUUGCAGACGACCACUCCAGGGUCCUGCUGAGAUCGGAGAACAGCCACAGCAGGUCGGACUACAUCAACGCCAGCCCCAUCAUGGACCAUGACCCCAGGAACCCUGCCUACAUCGCCACCCAGGGACCCCUGCCCGCCACCGUGGCCGACUUCUGGCAGAUGGUGUGGGAGAGCGGCUGCGUGGUCAUCGUCAUGCUGACCUCCCUCUCGGAGAACGGCAUCUGCCAGUGCUGCCACUAUUGGCCAGAUGAAGGCUCCAGCCUCUACCACGUCUACGAGGUGAACCUGGUCUCCGAGCACAUCUGGUGUGAGGACUUCCUCGUGAGAAGCUUCUACCUGAAGAACCUUCAGACCAACGAGACGCGCACCGUGACCCAGUUCCACUUCCUGAGCUGGUGCGACCGCGGGGUGCCCUCCUCCGCGAGGUCCCUCCUGGAUUUCCGCAGAAAAGUAAACAAGUGCUACAGGGGCCGUUCUUGUCCAAUAAUUGUUCACUGCAGCGACGGCGCGGGCAGGAGCGGCACCUACGUCCUGAUCGACAUGGUUCUCAACAAGAUGGCCAAAGGCGCUAAGGAGAUCGAUAUCGCCGCGACCCUGGAGCACUUGAGGGACCAGAGACCGGGCAUGGUCCAGACAAAGGGCCAGUUCGAGUUUGCGCUGACGGCCGUGGCGGAGGAGGUCAACGCCAUCCUCAGGGCCCUCCCGCAGUGAGCCGCGGGGCGGGGGGGCCCCGGGCCGGGAGGCGCCCGCACCCGGAAUGACACAACUGCCUGGUCGGUGCAGUUUACCGGUUAAAAUGCGCAUUUUCGUUCAACCAAAUCACAGUAAGGAGAGAUCGGUGGAAUCACGCGAUUACAGGGGGCAAUCACUUUAUCCGGUUUCACUUUCCUGAAAGAAAACCCUUUUCCUUGAAGCACACAUUCACAUUCUUAAUUGCAAACAGCGUCGUCCUAACGAUGCAGCAGGCUUCGCGCUCCGCACGGCCUCUGAGGGCUGGCUCGUGACCUGUGAGUCUGGAGGGCGGCCGGCUCUGCAGGGAGGGGGCCCAGACGACGCGGGCAGGGCACCGGGCACGGCAGACACACGUGGCAUUUGUCUCUGAGACGCUCCUCACCCAGAGGAGCCACCGGCUUCUUCGGGAGUCAGAGCAACAGUUACUAACAUUCAGCAGCUUUGGGGCAAAUCAUAAGAAAAUCGUCACCGCAUCUCGGUUCUGUUCCCACCCGGGCUGCUUGACCCCCCCCCCCACUCCAAGGUCCACGGCCCAUCUCUACCACCCACCCCCAGGGGCCGGCAGGGGCCUCCAGGGGCAACCGCUUUCCCGCCUGGGGAGCCACACUUUUAACUUCAAAAUACGGAUUCACACGUCGCAACAGCAGGUGCAGCUAAAGAGCACUCUCCCCCGGGACAGCCGGAGUCUGGGAACAGUCUGGCAGGUCCCAAGCUCCCGGUCCCCGAGGAGCGCUCUAGCCCCCCAGCAGGCACCUGUUCCCCCCUCUCAGGGGAUGUCCCGGGCCCUGCCGGCAUCCGGAGAGCACCCGAGCACCCGUUCCUAGAAGGACUUGCGGGGAGACGGGCAUUUCAAUCUGCGUGAGCUCGUAGCAGCAGGGAGCAAAGUGGCAGUGCUGGCCGCAGGCCCCCCGGUCGUCAGCCCCCCCCCCCCAGUCGCCUAGGUCGGACCCUCGUGUGACACACACGGGCGUCCAGAGGCGAUCUGGGCUUGCCGGAAUAGCACUUGACCGUGAGGUGUGCCGCCGCCCACCCCCGGAAACAGGGCUCAUCUCGCUGAACUCGGAACGAUGGAAUCCAGGAAGGGGCGCAGACAGCUCCACACUGUUGGGCUCCAUCUAGGACUCGGUGUGAGCGCAUCCCCGGGCCCCCCCACGCCCUGCUUCAUGCACACCGCCCUUCCCGUCCCAAUGGACACUGCAUCCCAGAAACGGUCGCGCUGGGAGAGCGGCCUCUGGCUGGGGAGGAAGACGCCAACACCGUUGUGUCUGUAAGUGGCCCCGUCCUGUCGUCCACCGCAGUAGAUCCGUGAUGUGUUUGCCUGUCCGGAAUCCCAAUACUGAAUAGAAACCAAUUUAUCUGAAUAUAGGAAGCAUAUACCUACUUGUAAUUUCUAAUUCUUAUGUUUCAAGAGAAAUCCUCCAGUGCGAGAUAUAUAAAUAUAUUUAACGGUGUCAGAUUAAACUUUUGAUUUCACA